UGCUGGGUUCGAACUGCGCAGUAAGUAAGCAAAUUAACUUCGUACUGCGCACAACAAUUUCAUUCCAGCUGCGCAUACGAGUCCCAUUAUUUUUUUCCAAUGAAUAUUUAAAUUCUUCAUCUUUAUAUCGCCUGGAAUUGGACAACGUUCGACUAAUCAAGCUGAAGUAUCUCUAAGAACAUUUUGAUCCGUCCAAGGAUGGCUCGGAUGGUCGUUUCUAUUUUAACGUGUCUUUUAGCGAUAUAUUGGUACACAAGUAUAUUACACGUGCAGGGUACUCUAUCAAAAACCAACAAAGAAAAGAAAGCCAAAGCAAAGAAGAGUGGACCAGCUGAUUUGAAUGUUACAGCAAGAGGUCUAGUAACUGAAAACCCUAGAGUAAGAGAUGUGAUAAAGCAUCAUAACAUCUAUUGUAAAGAUGUCUCAUCCAAAAAUUUUGAAGGUGAUAUUCUGGUCUAUGUUACACCUUGGAAUUCCCAUGGAUAUGAUAUUGCAAAGAUAUUUGGAUCCAAGUUCACUUAUGUUUCUCCUGUCUGGCUACAGGUUGUUAGAAGAAGAUCUGGAACUCUUGCCAUUGAGGGUGCACAUGACAUUGAUCAAGGUUGGAUGGCAGAUGUUCGAAAUAAAAAUAAUAAAAUAAAAAUUGUACCUAGGUUGUUGUUUGAUAGAUGGUCAUAUAAUGACUUCCACAUAGUCCUUAACAGUGAGCCUACAAUGAUGUCUUUAAUUGAUACAGUUGUUGCAUUUUCAAAGGGUCACAACUUCGAUGGUGUUGUUCUAGAAGUCUGGAGUCAGUAUACUGGAGAUACUAAACAAGGGCUAUAUCUUCUUGUAAGUAAAUUGGCAGAUGCUUUACACGAGGAAAAACUCAAGCUUAUUCUGGUGAUUCCUCCACCCUUGUCAACAGGAACGCCACAGGAUUCUUUUGACAAGAAUGACUUUGAGAUCUUGGCUCCAGUUCUAGAUGGCUUCAGCCUUAUGACAUAUGACUUCUCAUCACCAUCCAGGCCUGGACCAAACUCCCCUUUACCUUGGGUUAAGGACUGUGUAUUAGCAUUGUGUCCUGAACCGAAUAAAUUGCGCUCCAAAAUAAUGAUGGGAUUAAAUUUUUAUGGAUUUGAUUUCUCACACACUGGAUCAGCAGCAGUGAUAAAUAAUAAAUACAUUGAAUUACUCAAAAAAUAUAAGGACGAGAAGUUAAACUGGGAAACACCACCUGCUGAACACUCGUUUAGAUACACUGCUGGUGGCACAAGGCACGUCGUGUUUUACCCAACUUUAAAGUCCAUCCAAGUCCGUUUGGACCUUGCUAAAGAGUUGGGAAUUAGUAUAUCUAUAUGGGAAAUCGGUCAGGGAUUGGAUUACUUCUACGACCUUUUAUAAGUUUGGUAAUUUAUUUCUGUACUGGAUCAUUGCCGAAAUAGUUUCCAAACUAAAUAUACAAAAUACACUAUUGUACAUUCAGAUGUUAUAUUGAUGUUAAUAAUAGUACAAUCUUUCAGAUAAGUUAUCCAUUUUUAAAAAUUCAAAUAACUUUUCUCACUGCACAUUUUAUUAAGUAUUUUGAAAAUAUUGAGUCUUAUUUCACUAGCUACGGAAGCAUAGUUAUAAUAGCAUACGCAAGUGGACAUGACUUCAAGACGUAAAGACUUUACUCUUGCGUAUGUCGUUAUUUUUUCGUUGCAAGUGGAAAACACGCCUUAUUUUGCAAGGGUCUUUCUUAAAACGACUAAUAAAAUUAAAACAAGAUAAAAUAAAUAAUAAAGCACGUCACGCGCACUUUCCAUUUUUAUCAACACAGAUAAGUUUGUCAUUUAAAAUAACUCUAAAAUUAAAACGUUUAAAAAAUAACAGCUUUGUCGUUCCUAGUUGAUGUCGAAAAACGGACACGAGCAGAUGUAUGAAAAAGGGGGGGGUAACAGCUUACCAAGUGGAUAAUCAAUCCGAGAUGCAACUCUAAGUGACGUUUUAUAGUUUCAGAAGCAUGUGUGUGCACUCAGUAUUUAUUUUCCAAAGACUUGGCAAUUGCAUAACGUGAACCAUAGAAGACAUUGUCAGAAACAAGUUCGCACUCUUAAAUUGACUAGUGAGUGACAAAAAAGCCAAAUGAAAGGAAACGAGAACACAAAAAUUAACCUUUUAAUUCUACUAUAUACUCUCAGCGCUCAGUACACUUGUGUGUAUAUUUAUAUAACGACUAUUUUCUAAAACUAAAUUCUAACAACAAUUUUUGUAUAAAUUCUAACAAUAAUUUGAACUCUGGAUUUCGAA